AAUCGGAUAGAUGAAUGAAUAAAAAAUUAUAAAUUAUAAUUUUAUAAAGUUAACAGUGGAUUGAGUAAAUCAAUGUUUAAUAUUGUGUGAAUUGUAUUUACGUGUGGAAGUCUAUACUGGCAUUUAUCAAAGUAGACACAAAACCAUUGGGUGUUGCCCCAAAUAGUAGAUACAUUUUGCAUUAUAAGAAGUUCAUGUAAAUUCAAAUCAAGAAUUUUGUAUAUAAGAUGGCGGAGGGAAACACUGGAACUACUACAGAGGGUGCCGCUGCUUUGGCUGCCCCACAUCCCAACGCUGAAGUAAUCAGGGGACAAAUAUUUGAAGUUGGUCCCAGGUAUAGGAAACUAACAUAUAUUGGUGAAGGAGCAUAUGGAAUGGUGGUAUCUGCUGACGACAUGUUGACAAACCAAAGAGUUGCUAUCAAAAAAAUUUCACCCUUUGAGCAUCAGACGUAUUGUCAACGAACGCUAAGGGAGAUAACCAUUUUAACCAGAUUUAAACACGAAAAUAUUAUUGAUAUACGUGACAUCCUGCGAGUAGAUAGCAUAGAACAAAUGAGGGAUGUAUAUAUUGUACAAUGCUUAAUGGAGACUGAUCUGUAUAAACUACUUAAAACUCAGAGGCUGAGUAAUGAUCAUAUCUGUUACUUUCUGUAUCAGAUAUUGCGUGGCUUAAAGUAUAUCCAUUCGGCAAAUGUUUUACAUCGAGACCUUAAGCCGAGCAACCUUUUGUUAAAUAAGACAUGCGACCUAAAAAUUUGCGACUUUGGCUUGGCACGAAUUGCUGACCCAGACCACGACCAUACUGGUUUUCUUACAGAAUAUGUAGCAACAAGAUGGUACCGAGCACCUGAAAUUAUGCUUAAUUCAAAAGGAUAUACAAAAUCCAUCGAUAUCUGGUCUGUUGGAUGUAUUUUGGCCGAAAUGUUAAGCAACCGGCCAAUAUUUCCGGGAAAACAUUAUCUUGAUCAACUCAACCAUAUUCUUGGCGUGCUAGGAUCUCCAUCACAGGAAGACUUAGAAUGUAUUAUAAAUGAAAAGGCACGAAAUUAUUUAGAGUCUUUGCCUUUUAAACCAAAUGUGCCAUGGUCGAGGUUAUUUCCAAAUGCGGACGCUUUGGCUUUGGAUUUACUUGGUAAAAUGUUAACGUUCAACCCGCACAAACGAAUUCCGGUAGAGGAAGCGCUUGCACAUCCAUAUUUAGAGCAGUAUUAUGAUCCUGGCGAUGAGCCUGUUGCAGAAGUACCAUUUCGCAUUAAUAUGGAAAAUGAUGAUAUAUCGCGGGACGCUUUGAAAUCGUUAAUCUUUGAAGAAACGUUGAAAUUUAAAGAACGCCAACCAGAACAGGCGCUAUAAAAACAAUUAUUAAAAAAUAAAAAAU